GGGUGUUCCAACUGUAGAUUUAUAAAAAUAUCGAUUCUGCAUUGUUCAAAAUAUUUAAAAAUAAUAAAAAAUAAUACAAAUAAGGCUAAAAAUUUGAAAGUUUUCCAUCAGGCCAUUUCAUUGUUCGAUAGGAUACAUGCAGCGACCUCUAGCGUUUAGUCUACUGGAAUCGUAUUUUAUUUGUCAAAUUUUGUUCCGGUGACAAAUAUUUCGUCCAUUUCAAUUUAAUUGUGAAAUUUUCCUUCAAAAACUAUUGAAAUAGGAUCAAAGAAGUGCGAAAAUGUUGUCGGUCGCUCGCGUUUCCACUAAAAUUGCCUCGCAGUGCUUGGAAUUAUCACAAAAUGCUGUUUUCACACAAAAAUUCAACUCCUUGGAGAAAAAGCGGAAUGUAACCCCUACUGCUUGUAUAAGCCCGAGCUGUGACCAAUACCAUUUUAAUAAAAUAGUGGAGCGAAGUAUCACAACGUCAGUGGUUUCACUCACAAAAGACGACGAACGCCUCCCGGUUAUGCCGGCUAACAAGCAAACCAAUUCCGAAAACGCAUUCUAUGCCACUCGAACUUUGAUUGGUAAAGAAUUCAAAAAACUGAAAAGAGACAUUACUAAUGUGUCUUACGAGAUUGUUACGGCUGGAAAUGGCGACGUUUGGGUGAAAGGUUCAGAUGGCAAAAUGUACUUUCCAAGUGAAAUUGGAACAUUUGUUUUGAUCCAAUUGAAGGCCUAUUCGAACGUUAAAGCUACAAAUGCCGUCGUCAUAGUACCCGCUCAUUUCAACAACUUACAAACCAUAAAAUAUGCUGGAAUAAUUUCAGGCUUAAACUUGUUGAGAGUCAUUUACAAACCAACUGCACCAACUCUGGCUUAUUAUGGCAUGGACAAAACCGUCGAGGAAAUCACCGCUGUGUAUGAUUUAGGAAGCGGUACUUUUAAUAUAUCGAUUUUGGAAAUUCAAAAAGAGUUUGAGGAUAAGUCCACUAACGGUGGAGACUUCGAUUAUUUAUUGAUGAAGCGUUUGAUGUCUGAAUUUAAAAAGAACAGGUCAUUGACAAGGCGAAAGACCCAAUGGCCAUUGAAUCAAAUUAAUAAUAAUCUCGAACCUUCCAAGAUGUUAGCUUUGAGGCUUAUUUUGAAAUGGGGAGGGGCCAUACUUGCAAGACUUGUAUGCGAUCUUUUCAAAAGAAGCAUUUCACCUUACGAACAAGCUCUCAUUGUUGAUGAGGACGAAGAAGUCGAAAUCAGCGAAGCGGAAAUGGGUGAAGCUUUUAUUGUAGGAGGUGUGAAUGCCAAGCCAGAAGUGCAAGAAGAAAUCUUUGGCAAACCACCCAGCCAAGCUGUUAGCUUGGAUGAAGUUGUAGCUGUCGGUGAUGUAGCUCGUUUCCAUGACGUCACACCGAUGUCUCUGGGUAUUGAAACCCUUGGAGGUGUAUUUACAAGACUUGUCAAUAAGAAUACGACAAUUCCAUCCCAACACUCUCAAGUAUUUUCAACAGCCGCCGAUGGACAAACUCGAGUUAAAAUUAAAAUUUUCCAAGGAGAACAUGAAAAGGCAGCAAACAAUAAAAUUUUGGGAAUAUUUUCUUUGGUUGGCAUCCCAGCCGCACCGAGAUGUGUGCCACAAAUUGAAGUUACCUUUGGUAUUGAUGCUAAUGGUAUUUUACACGUUUCUGCUAGAGAUAAAGAAACUGGAAAAGAACAACAGAUUAUUGUUCAGUCUUUAGGUGGUUUCAGAAGAGAUGGAAUGGUAAAAAAUGCCGAACAAUAUGAACAAGGAAAAUACAAAAUCGGUACUAUUGAUCAAGCGGAAGGAAGACUACACGAUACUAAAAUUCCAAUGGAAGAGUACAAAUUACAAUCACAUGGAGAAGAUGGGACAAAAUUUGAAGAAACCAGUACAGUUGAGGAACCCGCACCAAAACAAUUCACCUCCGAUAUUGACGCUAAUGGAACUGUACAAUAUGGUGGUCUGACUGAAGACGAAAUUGCAAAUGGUAAAAUAGAUUGGAUCGAGGCUUUUAAUCAAGCGGAAAAAAUGAUUUAUGGCAUCGAAACAAAAAUGGUAAAGUUCAAAUUGCAAACACCUGAAGAAGAGGGUAAAUUUCGAGAAAAAAUCCGUGAAGUUGACGAACUUUUGGUUAAAAAAGACGAACAUGAUGUUGAAUUUGAAAAGAGUUUAUUGAAACUAAGUGAAAUGGCUUUUACAAAGAACGCAUCUGAAGGAAAAAGUAGCAGCAGCCAGACUCAGAGCCAGGACAGAGGUUAAAAAGACGGCUCAGUUGUUGUUUUCAGUUUCAUAGGUUUUAUUUAUUUUUUUAAAUUUGUAGCUAUAGAUUAUAGAUUAUAUUUCUUGUUCGAUUAUUCUUGUAUAUUGCGAAGAGGGGUCUUUUUGCUGUAAGCAAAAUGGGAAACUCUUGAUGAAAUUUAUAUUAUUGUUAAUUUUGAAUAAAUAUAAUUUGC